AUGCUCGCGAAGUUCUAUGAGGUUAACAAAAGCCUUCCCCAACGCAUCUUCGUCUACAGGGAUGGCGUGAGUGACGGCCAGUUGGGAACCGUUAAGGACUACGAAGUCGUGCAACUGCUGAACGCUCUGCAGGACUUCGGCGCCGCCUACAAUAACUACGUCCCGCAGGUGUCGUAUAUUGUGGUCCAGAAGCGCAUAAACGCUAAACUUUUGAUGAAAAGGGGCGCCGAACUGGACAACCCUCCGCCCGGCUCUGUCGUCGACCACUCCAUCACUCGUAAUAACUAUUACGACUUUUAUCUGAUCUCACAAUACGUGACUCAGGGAACCGUCACUCCCACCCACUAUAUCGUGGUGCACGACACCAAUGCCAUGCCUCCCGACCGGAUGCAGAAGAUUGCCUAUAAGAUGACUCACCUCUACUACAACUGGUUCGGCACUAUCCGAGUGCCCGCUCCCUGUCAGUACGCCCACAAGGCGGCCAAUAUGGUCGGGCAGGUCAUCAAGAAGUCACCGGCGGAAGUGCUCGCAGACAAGUUAUACUUCCUUUGAACACACACUCGAGUCCAACAUUUUUUUGUCAUUUUAUUAUCGUUUCAUUUAUAAUUUUCCU